CGUCACAGGGCGCGCACGCCCGCCGCGCUCGCACCACCCGCGACACAUCCUGUUUAUGAGACAAAACUUUAUGUUAUGUGUUGAGUGAAAAUUUGCACCAUGAAGGGUCGCCACCAGUUCCGUAGACGCUUCAGUCUGCAGCCUUCCUUCAUGAAGGAGGAGCAUGAGGAGGAGAGGAGGCCCCACAGGACCGAAAGGACCGAAGACACGGUAUCGAGCAGCGGGAACCUCAACAACACCGCCGUACGACACAAAAUCGUGGUCCUCGGCGCGGCGAAAGUUGGCAAAUCCUCGCUCAUAUCACAGUUCCUUUACAACACGUUCUCACCCAAAUACAAGAGGACAGUAGAAGAAAUGCAUCAUGGAGACUUCAACGUGGCCGGGGUGCGACUGACGUUGGACAUCCUGGAUACAUCCGGGUCAUAUGAAUUCCCGGCGAUGCGUGCGCUGUCGAUGUCGUCUGCGGAUGCCUUCAUCCUGGUGUACGACAUCACUGACCCGGAUAGCUUCGCGGAGGUGCGCGCGCUCCGGGACCAGAUCCACGAGACCAAGGACAGCACGGCCGUGCCCAUCGUCGUGGUGGGCAACAAGGUGGACAUGGCCGAGACUGGGGAUAGAAAAGUGGACUUCCACACGACGGAGUCGGUGGUGACGGUGGACUGGGAGAAUGGGUUCGUGGAGGCGUCGGCCAAGGACGGCACCAACGUGUCGCAGAUCUUCAAGGAGCUGCUGGUGCAGGCCAAGGUGAAGUACAACCUGUCGCCCGCGCUGCGCCGGCGCCGCCGCCAGUCGCUGCCGACGGGCCCGCAGGCGCCCGGCACCCCCUCGCACCCCCCCGCGCACCCCGCCGUGCCCUCCGCCGCGCAGCUCGCACACCUGCAACAGAUCAGGGAACGCCACGCCAAUUCUAAACGGAAUUCUUGCGUCAUUUCCUAGAUUUUAGUUUGCGUUCAAUUUGUUAUGGGUCUUUAUAAUUGAAAUUGUUCACAUUGCCGGAUGGUUAUCUUUGUUCGACUGAUCGUGCGGAUUGAUCUAUAUGAUGAAUAGGAAUUAUACCUUUUAUACAGAAUGGGCUAAUAUCAGUGAACUAAAAACUUGAGUGAACAACGCUGAAAUCUUGAAAUUAAAUCCAUCCAUCUAAUCAUCUAUAACUUAACACAUUCAAAUUAAUAUACUUACUCAAUUUGUAUAUUAUUAUUUCUCGAUUUCAGAGUUGGUAAGUAUAAUAAUUAUGGCAUAGUGAAAGUUCCUCCGUAUGAUGAUAUUUUUGUGAUCAGACUUAGUGAAGAACACUGAUAAAAAUCCACCUGUGUAAAGUAAAAAUCUUAAAAGUAAAAUUAUUGAAAUCAAAUACUAGGUUAAAGAUUGUAAGUUCUAAUUAUAAUAGUAAAAAAAUAAUAUUAUGUCUUAAUAAUUGAGAUAGAAACCAAAUGGUAGCCAGAGGUGUUGGAAGACUAAAGUGAUUAUGAUUAUUUGAGUGUUUUUGCUGUAAAUUUGCUUGUAAAAAACAAGUAUUCAAUGAAACAUUAAAGUACUUACUAUCUUAAGUAUACAGUAAAGCAGACUAUUAUUUAUUUGUUUUCAUUGCCCACAAGUCAAUUUUCGUAUGAAAACAUAAUGGAUUACAAGAGCCAAGUACUUAUUUCUAAUAUAAUUCUUAGAAAUAAAAUAAAACAUUUACGAACCAAUACUUAUGUAUUUCACCGACAAAACUAAUUGUCCAUUCCAAAAUACAUUAUUUUUUCUGAUUAUGUACUAACUCGUAAAAAUAUAAACAUAUACUUACCUGAAAAAACUUUAUAAAUCUGUGAUUAAAACUACCUUCAUCUUGAUUAGAAGAAUCUACUGACGUUUUUCCACCAUACAUGUUUUGUAAAAAUUCAGAUAUGUAUAAAUUUGUGGUUCUCAUAGGUAAUUUCAGUAAUUACGUGAAUUUUAUAAGUACUGGGAGAAAGAAAAACGUAUUUGAUGUACACCACACACAAAUAGGUGAAGUGUAAAAGUGAGUUAAUUGAGAUGCAUAG